UGAGGAAUGUAUUUUCAGUUCAACUGAUAACAAUAUUUAUACAUUCAAAGAUUACUUGGGAAAUGAAGAAGUUUGGUAUAUUGUAGAUGGUAUGAAACCAAUAGAAUAUGUUGCUAAGACAAUUCUCAUCUGUUUACCACAGAAACACCACUACAGAAGCUUUGACAAGCUUGGAACAACUAUCCAAGCAAUUAAUUCAGUUGAUUAUAAUCUGUUAAAUUUUGUUGGUGAGACCACAGAUAAUAAUAGCACCAGUCAUAAAAUUAUUCAUAUCUGCACAAACAUGCCAAAUGAAGAAGAUGGAAAAGAAGGAGAUGAAAGUGUAGAAGAUGUAGAAAUAACAGAAGUAGAAGUUAAUACUGAAAAGUUCUCUACAUUAAACUCUUUGACAAUAACUAGACGAGAUAAAAGAAAAAGUGUUAUAGAGAAGGGAAAACCUUUCUACUCAAUGUCAACUCUAGAGUUUGCAUCUGAUUAUGUUUCUAAAGAGAUAAUAAAUAAACUCAUAAAUAAUUAUAAAGUUCAGUUGGAGAAUUUCAUGAAAGCUAGCUCAUCGAUAAGCAAUUACAGUACACUCCAGGGCACUAUAUUUAAGUAA